AUGGCUGGCCGUCCCUUCUCUUCGGAGGAGGGAAUACCUCAUCCUGCUAUGACCUAUGCUGGUGCCGGCUUGUCCUUUGCGGAGGUGGUUUCCUCCAAGUCGGCUUUGGGUUUCCAAUCAAAAUCUUUCGCUUCGUUAUCUUCUACGUCUACUAUAUCGCGGGUGCAGGCCGUUGCAUCUACGCAUAAGGGGGAACCGGCAGUGAACUUUUGUAUGGAGGACAUAGAGUGCAUUGCUACUCCUUUUCAAUAUGCUUUGGUGGGUAAAUUCUCAAAGGGGCGGCUGCUCAUGGAAGAUCUGAGAAAUUUUUUUCAUUCGCUGGACCUAAAGGCUGAAUUCUCUCUCGGCUUGCUGGACCAUAAGCAUGUACUGAUCCGGCUAACAACUGAAGAUGAUUAUUACUGUUUGUGGGCUAGAGGAAUCUGGUACGUUAAGGAGGUCCCCAUGAGGAUUUUCAAAUGGUCCAUCGAUUUCCAUGUUGAUAGAGAAACAUCCGUGGUACCUGUAUGGUUUGUGCUUCCAAAGCUGCCAAUUCAUUUGUUUCACAAAGAGUGCUUGUUCCCCAUUGUGGCUUGUUUGGGUCGGCCACUCUGUGUAGAUGCUGCAACUGCAAGGAGCUCGAGACCAAACGUGGCUAGGGUCUACUGUGAGGUUGAUCUGAUGAAGAAGCUUCCAAGUAGGAUUUGGAUUGUGGUGGGAGAUAGGAUUAGCUUCUGGCAGCUGCUGAUUCCAGAAAAUCUACCAAAAUAUUGUGGUUGCUGCUUUCAUCAGGGACACAAUGACGCUGAAUGCAAGGUUAAAAACCUAGAGCUGAAGUCAAUGACUGCGCAAGGAUAG